CGGAGCAGCCAUAGACGCUCUUGCGCACGCAGUUGUAGUGGAACGAUCUCGCGCAGCGGACCGGUCUCAUCCCGUGCAAGUGACAUCUGCACUCGAUGUUAUAUAGUUCAUCAUGAAUUUAAGAACAUUUUUAAUUACUCAUUUUAUUGUUAUAAUCUGCAAGAAUGUGGAAGGACAAAAGACACAACCGUCUGCGCUGGAGUGUCCGUCCUUGGACAAUGGUGACAGCUACACUCAGUCCGAGUUCCUCUCGCGGCUCGCCAACGAGUGCCGCUACGACCGACUGCUGCUGCCCACCUACCAGACCCGGGACGUAGUCUACGUCCACGCCAGUGCAUACGUGUACUUCAUUCAACCCGCAGAGGCCCACGAUUUGAAUUUCAAAUUGCACUUUCUUUUGCAAUUGCGUUGGACCGAUCCACGGUUGGCCUACACUCUAUAUUCGCCCGAGCGAUCCAAGAUCAUCGGCGAGAGUGACUUGCGGCAGCGCAUCUGGGUGCCGCACCUGUACAUGUCCAACGAGCAGUCGUCCAGCCUCAUGGGCACCGACAGCAAGGAUGUGCUCAUCUCCAUCGCGCCAGACGGCGAGGUGCUGUUCAGCCGAAGGAUGCAAGCAGUUCUCUAUUGUUGGAUGAACCUGCAGAAGUUUCCGUUCGACGAUCAAACAUGUUCAAUGAAUUUAGAAAGCUGGAAAUAUAAUGCAUCGAUAUUACGGCUGAUGUGGGAGCGAGACAACCCAGUCCGAUUGUCUUCGGAGUUGCAUCUUACUGAAUAUUCCCUAAUGGAUUUUUGGACAAACGAGUCCGUUGUCCGAGGAGAUAUUGUAAAUAUGCGACUCGGGGGAGGUAGAUCGGGAAAUUACAGCGCUCUCAAGUUCACCUUCAAACUAGGCCGAGAAGUAGGCUACUACCUCAUGGAUUAUUUCAUUCCGUCUAUGAUGAUAGUUGCCAUGUCGUGGGUCACGUUCUGGCUGCAAGCAGAUGCUUCAGCACCUAGGAUUACUUUAGGAACAAGCACCAUGUUGUCGUUCAUCACUUUGGCGUCUUCCCAAGCGAAGACUCUACCAAAGGUUUCAUACAUCAAGGCGAGUGAGAUAUGGUUCCUGGGAUGUAUUGGAUUCAUUUUCUCUGCACUCGUGGAAUUCGCUUUUGUUAAUACCAUCUGGCGAAGAAAGAAAGUGGUUAACCUGAAGAAGGUGAACAGCAAGUACAUUCUAAAGAGCACGCUGACACCGCGGCUGGCGCGCAAGGAGCUUCAGAAGGAACUUCAGGAGUCUUCACCACAGCUCACCAAGUCGCGCUCCUGCUCCUCGCUCAACCAGGACCACAGCUCCGACCCCGCCGGCCCGGGAUACAACAACUACCUUACAGUACACAGCUUCCCAUCGGCCCUGAACCUGCCGACGAUCACGACGCAGAGCUUCGACGAGCUGGUGCCGAGUGGCAAGCAGCAGCCGGGCGCCGGCAGCGACAACUCGGACGAGCCGCCCAAGCACCACACCUGGACCACCAUGACCCCGCAGGAGAUCGCCACCUGGAUUGACAAACGCUCCCGAGUCCUCUUCCCGCUUCUAUUCAUUUUCUUCAACAUCAUCUACUGGACCUUCGUCUACUGCCUAUGACGAAUUAACAACAAAAACCCAGCCACGUCAAGUCUUACUCGGAUAGGGAGUCAGUUACUCAUAUAAAUUGACCCGCUGUUGAACUACCUGCUGGGAAUUAACUUUGAAAUAAUGAUCGAGGAAAACAAUACCGUCUUGGUUUUAACUUAGAACCGCAGUUUUGUAUUGUCGACCAUUGAAAAAUAGGUAUACUCAUGCAAUUACUCAUAUAUAUUUGCCUGACCAUUAAAAUCACUUUAAUAUAAUUACCUACAUGCGUUAACUAUGCAUGUAGGUAGCGAAUAUCUAGGUAGUACCUAAUUUUCAAUGGUAUGAUCAAACUAUGAAACUUUUCGUGGCCAUAUUUGUAUUUUUGUAUUAAAGUAAACAAUAAAGUUCCUCAAUGUUUGAAAUUGCGAGCCUUGCCUGGUAAAAGUCGAUAGUCUUUGUAGUAGUUAGCAUUAACCAGUAGCUCGGUUCAUCUUACGAUUAGAAUAGUUAAUUUAGAUUACCCAAUAAUCUCUUUUCCUUAUUUUUUGCGCACUAGGUAAAAAGUUGUCAUUAUAAUGACAAAGUCUUCUCAAUGUCCACAAAAACGUUUCUAGAGAGAUCUAGUCCAUUAAAAUGUUAGGAAAAUAGUAGUAGAUGUCUGUUGAAAAUCACUGGUAACCUAGUGACGAUAAAAUAGUGACGUUUUAUAGUGGCGAUAUUCUUUAAAACAGUAGGUAUUACUUUAAAAAUGUUUCAUAAUACAAUUUCAGUUAAGUAGGUGUUUACCUAAAUAUUUUUAUUUUAUUACCUACUUUAAGUUUUAACUUUACAUCGAAGAGUUUUUUAAUGGCAGCGUUGCAUUUACAUGGUUGUGCAUCGGAUAAGUAGAAAAAAUCGGGAUUUUGAAAUCCCUAAUAUGCCUAAUGAGAUUAUUUUUAUGUAGAACAAAAUAGUUAUAGUUAUUUAUUAAGUAAUUUAAGAUCAUGAAUACUGUAAUCUCAUUAAUACAAACAUUUAUUUUAUUUUA